AUGCAAACAGCCAAGAAUAUGGAAGUAAAUCGUGUUAAUGAACCAGAAAAGAAUUCAACAACUGUAUUAACAGCAAGUAAUACACCAACAAAAGAAAUAUUUGCGGCUCCGAGGGUCGUACCAAUGGUGCUAUCAGAUAAAGAUCCUAUAGUGUUAUCGUUUGAUGAAGUGCCUGGCCCGAAAGCUUUAAAAUAUUUAUCAACAGUGCGUUAUUAUUUGUCUGAAAUUGGAACACAGGUUACUGCUGGAAUUCUGACGUUUGGCUUGAACAUCCGUUCAUACGUCUCAAACAGAAAGUCGAUACGUGCUCUUUCGUCUCUUUUCGAUGAAUACGGCCCUGUAGUACGUUUUGUGAGUCCGGUUGGUGGAGACAUAGUUCUUCUAAAUCAUCCGGACCAUAUUCGUAAAGUAUUCGCAAUGGAAGGCGAUUAUCCAGUUAGAUCAACACUUGAAUCAUUGGAGAAAUAUAGAUUAGAGCACAGGAACAAUCUUUACAGUGGCUUGUACACUGCACAAGGCCAAGAUUGGAUUCGACAAAGGACCCUGUUAGAUGUUCCAUUACACAACGCCAGCACUCAUUAUGCUAAUGCAAUUUAUGAGAUAUGCGACAAAUUUACCACAAAGAUCUACAAUUUGAGAAAUCAUCAGGAUGAAAUAGUCAAGGAUUUCUAUAAGGAAAUACAUAAAUGGGCGUUUGAUUGUAUGGGCUUGUUGGUAUUUUCGAAGAAAUUCUCAAUGAUCGACACAGAGCUAGUAUACAGUCAGUGCGACAUGUCCUGGAUGUAUCACAACUUGGAGAAGGCAACUGAAGCUAUAGAUAAAUGCGAAUCAGGAUGGCACGCGUGGAAACUAUUUACAACGCCUUCUUGGUUUAACUUGGUGAAGUACUGCGAUAAUUUGGACAAUUUAAUUGGAAAGCAUGUCUUAGAGGCCGAACGACAACUAUCUGAAAAUGAAGAAACAGUCACAAAUCGAAACUGUUUAAUUAAUGCAAUAUUGUUAAGCGACAAUAAAUUAAGUGCAGAAGAUAUCGCCACGAUCUUGAUGGACAUGCUUCUUAUUGGAGUUAAUACGAUCGCAUCCUCUAUGUCAUAUCUGCUAUACUAUAUUGCUAAACAUAGGAAAGUUCAAAUGAAGCUUUACGAAGAAAUAGCAACAAAGUAUCCAGAAUUAAAAGUAGAUGACAUAACCAAACUUAAACAAAACACUCCAUACCUGCAAGCUUGUAUAAAGGAAACAUUAAGGCUUGUGCCACCGAUUCCUCUAUUGACCAGAAUUUUACCAAAGAACAUCACGUUGGAUAGAUAUAAUAUACCAAGAGGAACUCUAAUCAUUAUGUCUACACAAGACGCAGCGGUAAAAGAGAGCCAUUACGAUGACGCAAAAAAAUUCGAUCCAGAGAGAUGGCUCAAAGAAGAUUCUAGUGAUUAUCACGCGUUUGCUUCUGUCCCGUUUGGGUAUGGCGCUAGGAAGUGCUUGGGCCAGAAUAUUGCGGAAACUAUGAUCUCACUGCUGACAAUAAGGGUGUUGCAGAAAUACAAAUUAGAAUACCACUAUGGGGAUAUUCAGCCAACGCGAAGUUUUAUUUCAAGACCAAGCAAGCCACUAAAAAUAAGAUUUAUAGACAGAAUUUAA